GCGGCGUAGGGAGCAAUGCAGCGUCACCUCGAGGUGCUGCAUCGUCUAGUUUUCCAGAUGGGGCUGGGGAGAGCGAGAUUGUCGUCGUUGGGGCAAAGGCGAACUAGAAUAGGGGCGGUUCGGUGCAGGAGAAUCAGUGGCGGCAUUAUCGGAGCGUGCGGCAUAGGGACGAGAAAGGCCACCUGGUGGGCGAGAGUAGGUAGUAUAAGGAGACCGGGUCGGGGAACUCCAGCGACUGCGACAGUGCUGAGAAAUGUGCCCAAUUCGACGGCAUUGAAAACAAAUGGGCUUGUCGUCGGCAGUGCGCCAUUCAGAUGGGUCGCAGAAGCCGGUUUUUGCAGUGGGUGCCUGGCCCAGUGCAAGCAAGAUGAUCCCAAGUGCCCACUUUGCCGGUCCACCUUUGAUCCUAACAAAACAGUGCGGGCCAAAGACCUCGCCAAGAACAUUUCUUCACUCAAGGCUGCCUGCUCAGGCUGUAGGAAAGUGCUCUCGCUGUCCAAGCUGCGGGCCCACCACAGCAGCUGCUCAGAUGAAAUGGAGGGUGCUGCAGCCGCGCCUCCCGUGUACCAGCCUCCGCACAGUCAGUCAUCUGGCAAGGAAAACCGGUUCACCUUUCCUUGCCCCUACUGUGAAAUGGACAACCUGGAUCUUGCUGCCCUAAGGGACCAUUGCAAUGCCAACCACUACAACAGCCCGCACUCUGUGGUAUGCCCGGUGUGCGCAUCCAUGCCAUGGGGGAAUCCUCACCAGAAAUCCAUCAAUUUUCUAAGUCACCUCAACCUCAGGCACCGUUUCGAGUAUGACACCUAUGUGGACUACGGCAUCGAUGAUGACGACGCCCUGCAGCAGGCCUUGGAAGCUUCCCUCAAGGAGAAAUAAAGGCCAAAGUGGCAUUCCGGCUGUUUGGAAAGACAUACCUUUCCUAUGCUUUUUUUUACCAGUCAUGAUCAGCAUGAGAGAGGUCUUUCUCCUCAGAUGCUGGGUGCCACAUUUUUUUUUCUAUUGCAGUUUUUAAAUAUAGGUCUUCGUUGCUGCAGGAACAGCACUAUAUGUUAGCAAUGUUAGUAGUGUCUCUCAGAGCUGCAAGUCUGACAAGGGUCAUGUUUGGAAACAGCAUCUUGCUUUCUAUCUUUUUAUUAAGGGGCUGACAAAAAUCUUUUCAAAGCAAUUGAAGAUUCAUUGUCAUAAUUAAUCUGAUUAACUAGUUGGUGGUGCAUGUAUUGAACCACCAACAAAGUGAGUGGGGGAGGGAGGCUUCACCCAUACCCAGCUACAUUGCCUCCCAAGAUUUGCGGUGUUCUGCAGGAUUUUCACGCCAUGCUGCACCAAUCAGGGAGCCAUUGUUGUGCUACACAAUGAAUUUAAAUUUUGCUGGUGCUUAAGGCACAUUUUAAAGAUAUUUUAUGGAUACGAAGUUUAAUACAUUUGACUUAGUCCGAUGUUAUUAGAGCACCGUGUAAUUGCAUAGUGCAUAUAAGUAAGGACAAUGUUCCACUGCAAAGUGUUGCAGCCUUCUCUGCCAAUCUAGGUUUUCAUGUUAACCAUCCAUCCGUCACCGACUUCUCUCAAUAUAAUGAGAUACAGUCGAUCCUGGGUAUAUCGAGCUCCAAGGAGAUCGCGAAUAGUUUGAUAUAUAUCGAUAGUUCUAAAUACAAAAUUUGCCUAUCUGAUGCCUAUGUGAAAUCUCCGCAUGUCUCAGACAGUUUCUUGAGGUCAUCAAAAGUGGGUAUUUACCAAUUUGCUACCUACUCUAUGGCCAUGUUGAAUGUACAAAAGUUGACAUUUUUUGCACAAGAAUGUUGCAAGUCACUUGUGCUGUGGAGUCUCAACGCUAACCCUAAAUGUCUCUGUCGUCCAGUUGCGAGACUGGUGCACCUCGCAUGCGUUGGAAGUGCUUGGUGUGCAUUUUUAUUCAGGAUGAGGUAGAAAUGGACACAGCACAGAAGCAAACCAGCCUGUAUAGAUACAUGCUGUGCCGCGGUGCCAUCAGUGCAACCUAUACUGCCAAAUUCUGCAUGUGCCCAGCCAUGUGUCCAUUACAAUACACCGUUGAAACGGCUGAUUGUCACACGUUGGCAACAAUUCAACCACAGCAGACUGUUCUGUUGCGUUUCGGUUUCAAAACAGACUUCCUGUCAGCACCUGUCCUUGCUUCCUGUCCACCCUAAGCUUCCCUUAAGUCUGCCUGUUUCUUCUUGCGUGCUGCUCGAUGCUCCAAUGCCUCGCAGUCCUUCGGUUCUCGGCCCUUCCUUUCUGAUCGUUGCAUCUGUGACUGCCAAAACUACAGACAGUGCUAGAUUCAAAAGUGGCUUUUAGCUUGCAGAACAUCAGAGUCCAUUCCCACUCAUGUGUAACUCUGCGAGCUUGAAUGAAAUGUGUUCAGCAGGGACUAUGGAACUCUAAAAUGUCGCGAAAAGCCCUUGUCUACAAGAAGAUAAACCCAACAGUGCAGGCAUGUUCAGUUUGGCAACCCAUGCCACAGCCACUUAGUCAAAAGAUGAACUGUCGUACAUGCUUUCCUGUGGAACGCAUACCGGACUGGGAGGCCUUUUGCAUUCUUGAAACGGCGCGGCGAUCUGCUCUUGCUGAUAACGAACAGCCGCAGUUUGCACGAGCCAUCUAUAUGCACCACAAGCGAAACUGAGAUGCGCACCCUGUUCUCUUUUCCUCCAUUGCAUGUACUGCUCUUCAGAUACUCUCUCUUGCUUGACAGCACCUGCCAAAACAGUGCCGUUUUGAGCUCGUCGCCAUUAAAUAUUCCCAACGGUGCGAGAAGCGAUGAUGUCCCUAUUAGAAAACCACACUUGCAGGGACACGGUGUUCGGGAUAUUGAAUGUGGCAGUGAACGCGAUUUCGACUUUUGCAUGAAAUUUCCGAGGGCAUUUUACAACUGUAUAAUAUAAACAACAACCACGAAGGUAGCUGUCGCUGGGACAAGCGGGUCCAGGUUGACGUAUAUAAUAUAAACAAUAAUUUCAUACACCCGAGUUUGAUAUAUCCAGGAUAUACUGUAUUUUAAUGUUUCGUAAAUUUGACUUUUCUUUGUCAGUUGUCGGUCUCUUUAGGACCUGGACAGAGUACAAGAAUGUGAAUAAGUCUGUGAGCACUAUUGUCUAGGUACUUUGUCAGUCAUGCAUAUCAUUGACUUAAGUGCUGUCCUGCACUGCAGAAGCAUAUGAAAGAUGUGAAUCAUGGCACCUUAUGUCCACCCACUCGCAAAUGUGCCAGCUGUAAAUGUAGAUACAUGUUGCUGUUUUCUAUGUUGCUCACAAGAAUGGUUUGUAGCCCUUGAAACUCAUGUGACGCAUUUUGGCAAAUGUAAAGCACAUGGUUAAGUGUGGCCAUACUGUAUAUCAUGGUCAUUUGCCAACCUUAGAGAUGCACCCGGUGUUUGGAGUAAUAUCUCUGGUUGAGUAAAUGACAGCACGCUAAUAGCAUGUGUAGAAUGCCCUUAUAAAGGGCAUGCUAUGGCAGUCUGAUGUAGAGUGUGUCAUUUUGGUGACACCCUUAAGACCGUGCCAUUUGUGUGUUGUAGUAGUGGCUAUUGUGGAUUGCUUCAAAGGCUGAUGUCUUCAGACAGAGUGUAUCUUGGCAUUGUUAACGAAAUGGUGUUUGGAAUUACCAUCAGUGACUGUUGACUGUUGGUUGGUGCACUGUGCAAUGACAGCUUUAAAAUAGCUAACGUGUCUUGCAGCAAGUGUCCGGAAAGUUGUAUCUGUUAGGAGAGACUGCUUGACAACUUGUUAAGCUGAAAGGUAGCCUUGUUUCAUGUCGUAAUAUCUUUCUUGUUGGCUCUUGGUUACAUCCACUUUUCACAGUUCAAAUCUCGUGCAGUGGGUAAAGAUCAUGGCAUUAGCCUCUUAAAAGCUGCGCUAUUCCAAAAGUGCCAUUCGUACAUCUUAUAUUACAGCUACUCUGCAUUUAAGUUUUCUCUUUGAUGUCACUGUUGACAAGGAGACAAGAAUGCAGAAAAUAGUUGCACAAAAUAAAUUCCAUACUCCAUUGUGCAGCCUCAUUCCCAUAGACUCAUUUGCACAAUAAACGAACUGCUGUGGUUCGGGGUGGUAUUGGUGGGUAGCAUCAUAGCUGUGUCAGUGAACAGCAGGAGCCAACCUUUAUGAUUGCAAGCUUUUACAAACACUCUUUCUUGGACAUCUUUCUGUCGCAAUCCCCAAGAAAAAUAUUGUAUUUUAACUUGCCACUGGGAGACUGUUGCUGGUUUGUUGCCAGUGUGCUAGUCACACAAGUGAUCAGCUGGAGUGGUUAUGACGAGUAGGUUAAUGCAUUCCACUUUUUGUAAUGCAGGUACAUUACAUUUUUUGUAUUGUAUUUUGUUACUAUGCAUUAAAGAAAAAAAGUGAAUGUCUUGACCUGUACUGUCACAAGUGCAAUUGCUUGGACUACUGUAGUCACAAUGUACUUAAGUAACUGUAAAUAUAAAACAAGGUUUUAUGCUGUACCAUCAACCUAUACAAGCAAGCAAGCAAGCUGCUGUGAGCCUUGACCAACCUGUAUUUUUCAUGCCUUUUAUACUGUCUCUAUUGUCUACGUACUAAUAUCUGUGCAGGGCUCAUAUGUGUAAACUGCCCGGCUACAAAGAGACUUUGUAGUACAUUUAAAGGAUCAUUGCACUGAGAAUUUGCUUUUGUCACUUCAUAUUCCAAUUCCUUGAUGUUUGCUCAGUGUAAAGGCCUUUCGUUUGCAUGACACAAAGAUGCAUGUGUUGGUCACGUCUAAACCUUGAGACACCAUUGUGCUUUGGUCAAGUCCAAAAGCGCCAGUUCACAACAGGUGUGCCACUGAACACAGUAAGGAGUGCUAACUUGGACCUUCUGAUACACAUUCCCCGUGAAGAAAUACAUGCAAUGUGGACAGAUUUGGUCACGUUACAGAAUAAUCAGAGGUAGGCAGAAGUAAAGGCUAAACCCCAUGAGCGCGAUUUUGUGCGCGACGGCUUCGAGCGACGGAUCGGGCCGUCGCGUGAACAGAUCGCUCGGUUCUGCAAAUCUAGAAUUCGUCGCUCGUCGCCCGGAAGUGCUAUGAGCGACUAGCCAAUAGCGCGACGCCGGAACUGGAUGUACAUAACUCAAGUAUUUCCGAUUGUCGCAGGGAACGAGCAAACGAUUGAAUUUUUAUACGUGCAAGGAUAAGAACCUACUGCAAGACUUUCAUAAAUAUUUUAUGCUGCUUUUUACAGUAAAACACAUCAACUUAAGGUAAUAAAGCACGCGUCACACUAGUUUCUGCGCCUAUAUUGCUGCCCUCAUACCGGCAACAUUGGGGAGACGUCGCUCGAAGUCAUCGCUCGCAUGGGGUGAAACUUGUAGGCGACGAGCGAACGCGACAGCCAUCUUCAUCGCAUCGCUUGUCGCUGUGGCGUGCAAGAUAGCUUGCAUGGGGUUUAUACUUAUGACUUCUGACACUUGCGCAAACCACAGAACGUUUCUAUAAACCAUGCAUUGCCUUUUCAUGCUUUGAGGUUUCCAAGAGCAAGUUAGAAGCUGUCUGUAUUCAUUGCAGAGCAACAUGCUUUGUUCAAGUAGGCUGCUGUUUUAAUGUGUCAACAAAUGCCAUAAAUUGGGACUAAUAGAUGUGAAACAUCGUAGACCGGUAAAGCUAAUCAGCAGUGAAGUAGCUUGCGUUGCUGGCUGAUCUUAAUACCAGCCAGCAACACAAUCGGCAGUGUCAAAAAGGAAAAGUUUAGAAGACUGGCUGAGCAGGCAGUCUUUCUUUCUCUUCCCAUCUGCAAGAGCGGCCAAGCAAUUCUGUUUCCAUUUAGCCAUCUUUGCUUAAUGUUUCCGUAGCUAAAGAAAAUCUGUUUCAAAUUAAACAAAAGUUGAUUGAUAGGGUUUAACCGGUUUAGAAAAUGCCCGUUUUAUGAAAGACACCACAUUGGUGUGCUCCCAAUUUAUUUUGACCAUGAAAUUGGAAGUAUGCAUUCAUUAAAACUGCACUUCGCAUUGCACUGUAGACCGGGGGUCUCAAUUAUGUGGUCUGCAUGCAGCCCUCGGACCUCAUUUAUGCAACAAAUGUGGCUCUGCCAAGCGUCCACUCCAAUUCACCUUGGCCUAUGAAAAUUCCCUUUCUCUCUGCCAAAUUUCAGUGUGAACCAUAGGCAGCCACAUACCAUGUACACAGCCCAACGUCAGGCUUGAGUUGGAGACCUCUGUUGUGCACAUGUGGUGCAGUGUCAUCUCAUUAAUUUCAACCUAUUUUAAUCAAACCGACGCUGCGGUCCUAUCAAAAUUUUUUAUUUCAAUGCAAAAAUGCCUGGUAAUUCGAAUGCUUGGGCGUUUGUGACGGUUAAUCCCGCACUGCCAACCAUGUUCGCAGCAGCAUGCCAACUUGCACACCUGCUGCUACUCCCACCUCCCAUUGGAAGUGCCUUAUUUCGACGUGCAUGACGUGUGGCAAAAAUUUCAAAAAAGUUGGGGUGCGGGUUAUAUGAAAACCUUUUAGUGUGGCUUAAUGGCAGCACGUGCUGUGCUGCCGUAAAGCCACACUUGCGGAACUUGUUACUCGUGUUAGCCCAGUGCACAUGCACCGCAUAAUGCAGUGCUGUACACAAGGGCUACAGUCGAAUAAGCCUCCUCUAAUUCUAAGUUCGUCUAACUUGAAUAAAUUUUGAUGCCUCAUCGAGUUCAAAUUAUUGACAUUCGACUGCAUUUCUGGGAGUUAAAACAAAUUUUCACUUUCUCCCCUACAUUGAUAAUGGGAGUAUUUAGUUUUCAACAGCAAAAGAUCUGUGCAGCUUGGUCAUUUCACACAAGAUAAAAUUCUAAUCAUUGCACACACCCCUCCAACGAGCAUUGCGCUGUGAAUGUGUGGAAAUAUUCCCUGCUGGCAAAUGCUUCUACUAACAUAUGUGGCCUGCUAGGCACACUCCUUUUGCCACUGCAAAUGGCAUAGUAUGUCACAUGUUGACUUUCUUUCUUCCUCCUGCAGAGGAAGGUUGAGUGCCCUUGCAAAUUUGACUUCCUUUUUGAAACCCCGAAUUUGCUUUACAGCUUUUGUCUAGUAUGCCACCAUAAGUGAAUCUUGCGCAUUCAAAUGUGUUGACAAACACCACCUUGCCCUGCCCUUGCAGUGUGCCCAUGUAUGAAGCCUUGUCGAGUAUCAUUUAAAGCCAAAUUUUAGCCAGUGAAAAACAGUUGCUUGAGAUUUUGCAGGGGUUGGAAAUUUACAUUGCCCUUCCACACAAUGUAGACAAGUUAUUAUUUGUUUCAAGUUCUGUGCACUACAAGAUGAUUUGCCCAACAAUGUUGAUACUGGUAAGCAGGAGUUGCUGCUCUUGCAAAAGUUGUGGAGUCUUCCCAUGUGGUGUUUAAUGGACACUUUUCAUUUUUCACUUUUGUACACCGUUUGUAAAUAACCUCUAUUCAAUAAAAUUCUUUGAAAGAAA